AUUUCAUGUCCAACGAAAUACCUGUUAACAAUGAAACAGGAAACAAACUCAACCCUAAACAAACCAGACACUUUAUUUCUCUACACUUCCGUUAUAACUGUCGGUUUACUUUUCAUCGCAAUGGGUGCUUCAAUGGUGUGGACUUCACCGGUUUUAGGCAAAUUAUCUUCAAACAACACCGAAAUAAACCCCAUAGGAAGACCCAUCACAGCACUGGAAACAUCCCUGUUAACCGGAAUACCGGAACUCACCAACAUCAUAGGAUUCAUCCUCGUCACGAAACUCGCGGAUGUAAUCGGAAGAAAACCCUACAUGCUUCUAUCCGGAGCUAUAAUGUUGCUAGCAGGAAUAGCCCUAGCGUUUAGCGAUAGCAUCCUGUACAUGAUCAUAACCAGAUGCAUUUUCGGUUUUACCGGAGUACUCAGCGUUACACCGGUGUAUGUAGCGGAGAUUUGCGAGAAACACAACCGAGGAAAGUUCGGCUGUUACUCGGGAAUCUUCCAUCAAAUCGGCCAUCUUUUCGGCUUCGUCAUCGGGCCUUUCCUCAGCGUGAGAUAUUUCACGCUAGCGAUAACCGCUCCGACGUUAAUUUUUAUUGUAGUGUUCCUAAUAAUGCCCGAAAGUCCGGUGUAUUUGUUGAAGCACGGCGACGAAGAAGAGUGUAAAGCGAGCUUAAGAAGAUUAAGAAGCAAUAAAACCGAUGAUGAGUUGGUAAUGGAUCUGGAGAGAUUGAAGGAAGAUCUGCGAAACGAACCUAAAGGCAAAGCGAUCGAUUUGUUCAAAAAACGCCAGCAUAUAAUCGGUUUGUUGCUGGGUUUUCUGCCGAUUUUGUUGAAAUACUGCUCGGGUGUUACCGUGUUAUUGAUGUAUUUAGCACCAUUUUUCGAUUCAGCCGGCACCAACCUCUCGGGAGACUUAGUAGCGAUCAUCGUAGCUCUACUAAAAAUCACCCUAUUCACUCUCACGUCCUUCGUAGUAGAGAAUUUCGGUAGAAGAAGAAUGCUGCUCGUCUCCACCAUCGGAACUUCCAUACCUUUAACCGCUUUGGGCGUCUACUUCUACUUGCACCACGUGCAAUCUCCUGUUGUAAAUCACCUCCAGUGGCUCCCUCUGACCGGCCUGUUGCUCGCCGUGGGCUUCUUCGGAUUGGGGCUGGGCCCCAUUCCGGCCUAUCUGGUCACCGAGUUCUUUCCGGCCGAUCUCCGGACCGUUUCCAGUUCGAUCGUGAACGCCUCCGGGGGCGUCGCGGCGUUCGCGCUGGCGUCGUUGUUUCCUCUGGUCACCCGGCGAUUCGGCGCCGAGUGGUGCGUGUGGUGGUUCGGCGCCAAUUGCGGCGCCGGCGCGGCGCUCAUCUACCUGUUUCUGCCCGAAACCAGAGGGAAGAGUUUCGAUGAAAUACAGAAAAUGCUUCGAAGAUGA